CUCGACGUCGCCCCAGCCGCAUCUUCUCAUCGCCGAGAUUGCCAAAUCUGAUACUUCGCGGGCCGGCGGAAAGGGAGGCGCGCGGGCGAUCGCAAGACGCCGGGCCGUGCGCCGCGCCGCCGCGCGCGUCGCUCCGCUGCGUCUUGCGCACCUCCACCAUCGCGCCUCACUCGCUGCCCUGCGCCUCACGUUUGCGCCCCUAGUCCACGCUCUGCCGCGCUAUCUCAUCGCCAGGCUCAUCCCGCUCUGCAGCACUUGUCGCUCCCUGCAUCGUCGCCCGCCAUGCCGGCCGCCGUGGUGCUCGACACGCCGCGCGAGGCGGGCGCCGGCAUCAACAUUCUGCUCCACCCGCUGCCCGUGCUCUCCAUCUCCGACCACCUCACGCGCGCCACGGCGCAGGCACAGGGCUCGCCCGGCAGCAGCGCCGGCGCGCGCGUCUACGGCGCCCUGCUCGGCACGCAGACGGGCCGCGACGUCGAGGUGCAGAACAGCUUCGAGAUGCGCAUGCACGGCGACGGCAGUGUCGUCGAUGCCGCCUGGCUCGUCACGCGUCUCGCCAGCUACAAGCAAGUCUUUCCCACAUUCGACUUCCUCGGCUGGUACGGCUGCGGCGGCGCACCGUCGGCAACAGACCUGGCCGUGCACAAGCAGCUGCUCGAGCACAACGAGUCGGCCAUCUUCCUGCAGCUCUCGCCGUCGCGCGCUGCGCUGCACGACGCGCGCAGCCGCGCCGAGCUGCCCGUGGCAAUCUACGAGGGCGUCAUCGAGCUGGCCAAGGCGGCCGACGAGGACGCCGCGAUGGCGCCGCCCGAGGGCGCCGGCCCCGAGCUCUUCUUUGUGCGCAGCGCAUACCGCCUCGAGACGGGCGAGGCGGAGCGCAUCGCCGUCGACCACACGAGCCGGCCGCCCGAGGGUGGCACGGGCGAGAGCAGCCUUGUGGCGAACCUGACGACGUCGCACAACGCCAUCUCGAUGCUCGCCGAGCGCAUCCAGCACGUGCACGCCUACGUGCGCGGCGUGCGCGAGGGCAGCGUGCCGCGCGACGAGGAGGCGCUGCGCCAGGUGCGCGCGCUGCUCGCCAGCCGGCCACGCAUGCGCCAGGUGCCCGAGUGGCAGGCCGAGUUCGAGACGGCGAGUGUGUCGUGUGCGUCGUCCGCGUCGCUGGCUGACACGGGCGCUUCAGGAGUACAACGACGUGCUGCUCACGUCCUACCUCGCGAGCAUGACCAAGGGCCUGCACUCGCUCAACGAGCUCGUCGACAAGUUCGACACGGCGCAGAGCGGCCGCGACGAGCUCGACGCCGCACGCGGCGAUCCCCGCUCUGCCGGCCGCUCGCGCAAGCCGAUGCACGCCGCCGGCUCGGCGUACUGAGCUGCCUGUUGGAGCGCCUCUCAUCAGCGCCGCCCUUGUAUUUCUACCUUCACAGCGUCUCAUCAAUCGCAGACGAGAUCUGACGCCGGCAGAGCAGACGUGUCAGGCGCAGGUCAUAGAUUCGUGGC